UCGACGCCGAAAAUCUGAUGCCCCUCGCCACCAGCGACUUCAGAAAGCCCGUGUGUCUUGAAAUGAAACAUCUAGCAGCGGAAGGGGCUAUGGAAAGGGCGCAACACAUCUUGAUACCUAUUGGGAACUUCUCGGAGGUGGAUAUGGUACCUACCAAGAAAACAAACGGAGGCGACUUAGCCAGUAUGGAUAGUUCUGAUACGUUUGCCAGUUGUGCUACGCAUCCUUUUACAUCUCAAGGUGAUCUGGCGUCAGACAUCUUAGAGCCUACGUCGAUAGUUUUUGACAGUAAUCUCUACGUGAACCCCUUGGACAAAUCGACGGACAAUAGUCCCACGGCACAACCACCACCUGUACCACCUCCUCCACAAAGGAUGCCUACUGUGAAGAAAUCGGCCAGUGGUGAUACUGCUUUGAGGAGUUUAGGGGCUUCCCCGGAUGACGAACAAGGUAGUUUUGGAGCGUUCGGCCAAAUUAUAGACAGAGGCAGUAGAGUGAGCUUGAACGAUUCGCCGGGUCCUAAGCAUCGCAAAACGAGAUUUCAGUCUAGCAGGCCAAGAACGAGAUUUGGCGAAGCACAAAAACAAGAUUCCCAAGAAAGUUUGGAUAAACGCAAGAAAAUUUCUUUAAUACCGUCGAGAGGUUUGGCUUCAGCUACGCGGAUACUAAAUCAGCAUUUAUUUGGUUAUAAUUUGGGAGGAUCCAGAGCAGGGAAAAAUGGUGGUAGUAAGUCGUCUUUAUCUGUGGAUUCAAUGGAUAGCAGAGGCACAACAUCACCUCAGUUAGAACAUCAUCGUAAAUCAAAAUCCAUCUUGAAAAAGGCAGAUAGUGGUGGAAGCGGACGUGGAAGAGAAAUAGAUCCUGAGAGUGAGAGACUUAUAUCUGAUAAUGGAUCAGGCGUGUUUGAUAUGGGACCCGAUUAUUCACCAUCACCUCCUCCAAGUCGCCUUAGUCUUAGAACCAGAAGCUCAAAAUCUCAAUCAACAGCAUAUCAACAGGAACUGGAGAGAAAUCGGACGCUGAAAUCCCAGUUGUUUUUACUAGAUGACAUAAUGAAUAAAGAUGGAGAGAAUAUUAGGAAAGGUAUUCCGUCGGCGGAAGUUAAUCAGGUACCAUUGUAUAUUUGUCCUCCACCACCUCCGAUGGACGAAGCCAAUUAUUCCCCAACAGAAGAGACGCAAUUACUCUCCGGACUGGGAUCUUUCGGUGCCACCUCUACACCUCCAGUAUCUUGCCGACAUCCCAACUCCAUAUCAAAAGGGCACACGCAUCCGUCCGCGUAGCAUACGAAGAUUACGGCUUAUUUUCUAAUAUAGCCUCAAGAUCAAUGCAGUUUUGUUUGACAGACCUUCUGAUAUGGACGCUUUUUCAGAAUCGAGCAUCAUAAGUUCAAGUUUCAAUCAAACCAAAAAAUCAUUGUGACAUACCUAUGCAGGUAUUAUACUGUUAUCAAUAAGUGCUUUCAGGAAAAGGGAAAUAAUUUUAUUCCAAAUCUAAGCCGCGCCGAGUCAAAAAUGUAUUAUAUAUAAUUAUUAUCAUGUCGUUAGGUUUAUGAUUCAUUUUUAUUUUAUAAAAGCAGAUUACGUUUCAAAAAUGUGUACUUUAGUAAGUAAAACUGGAUUAUUUUCAGGUAUAUAAUGUUAAAAUAGAUCACAAAUUUUAAAGGGCAUAUAACCUGUUUAUUUGUUUGUUUCUAACUACAAUUGACCAAUCAAUAUAACAUUAUUUUGCUUAUUAACUUUCUUGAUGAAGGUGUAAAAGUUGAAAAUCAGUGAUUGUUAACAAUUACUAGUAAUAAUUCACAUUCACUGAUUUGCUAAGACCACGUAAAAGUUUAAUAAAUAUUUUUGAAACCAACUUACAAGUGAAUGUUAGCAUUAUACAUUAGCAACGUUAUGGAUACUUAUUUUGUUAUCGUCGUAAAAAGUAUUGUGCGGUAUUUUCCCUAAAUGCAAGAAAUUUUCGGUGAAAAAUUAAAGCAAAAUAAUCUCUAGUAAAAAUAUAAUAGUGCUGGUUUUUAAUUUUUGCAAUAUAGUGAAAUAGAGCAAAAGUUUGGUUUGGUUUGGUUUGGUUGCAAGUUAAGCAUGCCAGAGAAUAAUUAAGAAACCUACUGACUAUAAACUUAUUAAGCGUUUUGAUGUGCUAGAAGAGGCGAAUUUGAAGAAACUAACAGCUCCCGUUGAAGAAAAUUCGGGCAUCCUUUAUUUUGUCCACGAUCAAAAACUUUAUAAAAUAUUAAAUAAUGUUCAUAACUCUAUUGGUCAUGAUGGCCGGGCUCGAAUGAUGAAGAAAUUUAAAUGAAAAUAUGUUACAUUCGACACACUUUUUGGAGCACCCUGUACAAUUAAAAAUAAUUUUAAAUUGUGAACUUUAGCACCCUCUGAAACUUUUUGAUUUAUUAUAUUUUUGUAAUUCUAAAAACAAAUGACAAUGAACAUUAAUCUAUCGCUGAUUCCCCUAUACAAUAGAAUAACUUUUACUGGCAAGCUUUUGUAAAUGUUACUUUCACUAGUGAAUGUUACAAAUUACUAAAGAGCAAAAGUCGACAAAUUUCUUUAAAAUACGACAUUCACUUGUCCAAUGCGUAAUUGUUCCCUAAUUUCCUCGUGAAUGUUAACAAUAACUGCAUUGCUGACUUUCACUCUACCAUAUAUAUGCCAAUUGAUAUAUGUAUUGAGAUAUGUAUUGUGAUUUUGGUUAACAUUGUAUAAGCAAAUGUCUUUCUAGGAAAAUGUCAAACCAAAAAAAAAUGUU